UACACAAGGAAUACAAUGGAAGAAUGGGGUGUUUAUGUUCUGUCUCCUCCCCCCUCUGUUUUCCUUUUCCUUUUCUCCUUCACUCAUCACCUUCCCCUCUUCCAAACAACUCUCAUCACAAUGGACAACAACCCCCGAGUUUACUUCGACAUCACCAUCAAUGACGAGCCAGCGGGCCGCAUCGUCAUGAAGCUCCGCAAGGAUGUUGUUCCCAAGACCGCUGAGAACUUCCGCGCUCUCUGCACCGGUGAGAAGGGAUUCGGUUAUGCCGGUUCCUCCUUCCACCGCAUCAUCCCCGAGUUCAUGAUCCAGGGUGGUGACUUCACCCGCGGCAACGGUACCGGCGGCAAGUCCAUCUACGGUGAGAAGUUCGCUGAUGAGAACUUCACCCUGAAGCACACUGCCCCCUUUGUUCUCUCCAUGGCCAAUGCUGGCCCCAACACCAACGGCUCCCAGUUCUUCAUUUGCACUGCCAAGACCUCGUGGUUGGAUGGCAAGCACACCGUCUUCGGUGAAGUCGUUGAGGGCCAGGACAUCGUUCGCCAGAUUGAGAAUCUCGGUUCCGCAUCUGGUAGCCCCAAGGCCAAGGUUACCAUCGCUGCCUCUGGCGAGCUCCAGCAGUAAAUUUUGCUCUUUUUUUCGACAAAACAAAAGAAAAACGACAAAUGAAGUUCGUGCCUCUCGCAACACAAUUGUACAGUUUUUGUAACUUCAGGAUUUCAUAUACAGAAUAAAAAACCUUCUCUUGCUCUGGCAAAGGAUACAAAAGCGGGCGAGAAGAAAUGUGGAUAUCAAA